AUGAGUAGUGCGUUGUAUAUGUAUGUUGAUCAAAUUAACCCAAAGCAAUCACAAUUUGAUACAACUUCAGCAUCAACACCACCACCACCACCACCACCAUCAACAACAAAAAUGAUGCCAUCUGAUUCUCACUUAUCGAGUGGUUUAUCACGUUCUGUUCAAAUUGAUUCUGGUCGCCGUUUGACUGAUGAUUCUAUAAUUUCUACGAAUGACAUACGUAGAACACCUACACCACGUAUACAACAACAAAAUGAUUCAACAAGUUUUACAUCAUCGACACAAUCAAUAUUACAGAAACGUUCAGCAACAUCCAAUACACAAGUAACAGCUGACUUACGUGAUCGACAUAUACGUGAAAAAAAUGAAUUAAAUGACUUAAAUCAACGUUUUAGUGGCUACGUAGCUACUGUUAAAAGUCUAGAACAUUAUAAUGCAAAAUUGACAAAACAGUUAGAUGAAAUAACAAAAUCAUGGGGUCUACAGUCACAACAAGUUGUACAAAUACAUACACCAUUGCUAGAUCGUUUACGACAUGAUGUUAAUGAUAAUAUGUUAGAUGAAGCCGAUUGGGAAACACGUUUAAGACGUUCACAUUAUACAAUUGAUAAUUAUAGACAAUUAAUUAAUGAUGAAACACAAUGGAAUGAUAAACAAGAAGCUAAACGUGCAUCAUUAAAAGCUGAAUAUGACAAUUCGUGUAUAGAAUUAACUAAUUUACAAAAAUCUUAUAAACAAGUUGAAGAACAAUUAAAAAAUUUAUUAAAACAUCGUGAAGAUUUAUUACAAGAUAUUGAAAAUUUAAAUGAACAAUCAUAUAAAACAACAAUGGAUCGAAUUAGAUUAGAUUUACAAGUUCAAACAUUACGAGAAGAAAUACCAUUUUUAAAUGAUAUACAUUCACAUUUGAUAAGUGAAUUUGAUCAAUUAAAACCAACAACUGCUAUUGAUACUCAAUCAUUCUAUCGUCAAGAAUUAGAAAAAGCCAUUCGCGAUAUUCGCAAAGAUUUUCAAGAACAACAUAACAUUCAACGUGCACAAAUGGAAGAACGUUACAAAGUUAAAAUUGAAGAAAUACACAAUGAAAUGAACAAUGUUGCUCCAUUACAAGAACGUAUGGGUGCUUUAAAUAAAAUAAAAGAAGAAAUAAAAAUGACACAAAAUGAUAUUACUGAUGCAUCGAAAAUAUUGGCACGUGAAAAAGAAACAUAUAAAGGUUUACAAGAUAAAUUUUUAAAAAUGGAAGAAGAUUUAAAGUAUAAUAGAGAAAAACAGUUCGGUAUAAAUGACGCAGUAAAUAAAGAUUUAAUGGCAGUACAGAAUAGAAUACAAAUAUUGUCACAAGAAAUUGAAAGAAUUGAAACAAGUAAUGUUACAUUAGAACAAGAGAUUGCUGUUUAUAGACGGCUUAUAGAGAGUGAAACAAAUCGUUUACCACCACCACCCAUUGAACCACCGACACCAGAACCAUUACAAGUAAUCGGCUCUGAAUUAGGCAGAGUGUUUAAUAGAAUCAUUAAAAAAGGACCAAUUUCAAUAAAAGAAUGCGCUCCAAGUGGAAAAUUUAUUAUAUUGGAAAAUGCUUCUACUGACAAAGAUGUUGAUGUAUCGAACUGGGUAAUUCGUCGACGUGUUGAUGGUAAUCCAGAUAUACAAUAUGUUAUACCAUAUGGUUUAACGAUAAAACGUGGAAAAGAAUUGAAAAUUUAUGCAAGAAAUGCACAAGGCUAUCAACGACCACCAUACGAAAUUAUUAAUGAUAAAAUAGAUUCAUGGGGUAUGGGUAUUGAUAUGGAAACAAAAGUAUAUAAUGAACAAAAUGAAGAAAAGGCAGCACACUCACAAAAACUCGUAUUUGGACCAGAUACGUCAAGAGAUUUGUCUUAG